AAGCAACUUUCAGAUCGGAGAUUAUACAAUAUUACACUGUGUAAUAUAUCUGUAGUCUUCAAUUUUUCCGUAUUGCCUACAUAAAAAUAACUUCAAUUCAAAUUUCUUUUAAAUAGAGUUUGUGGACAUCAACUGUUUUAUAAUGCUCGUUUUACUACUACUACUACUGUCUGUAGAAGGCUUAUUUUUACAGCCUAUCGAAGCAAAUUUUAUCGUUUUUACAGAAAAUCCUGAAAAGUUUAUGGGGACAGAAAAUAAGUUAAAAGAUCUGACGAUUUUACUACGGGAAGAUGGAAAAGUUGUUAUAGGUGGAAGGAACGGCAUUUUUAAAAUUAGUGUUAAAGAUCUAAAAGUAGAAAAGAGUUUACAAUGGUUUAGCUCCGAAAAUGAGAGACAAGCAUGUUUAAUAAAGGGAAGAUUGGAGGAAGAAUGCCAAAAUUACUUGCUAAUUUAUGCAGAAACUUCGAUGGACACCGUUCUCGUUUGUGGUACAAAUGCAUUUCGACCAUUAUGCAGAAAAUACCAAGAAAAGCUUUCCAAUUACGAAGUAAUAGAAGAAUUUUCUGGAGAAGGAUUGUGUCCUUAUAGUCCUUAUUACCCAAGCACUGCUAAGUUUAUUAAUGGAGAAUUAUAUGCUGCAACUUUUGGACAAUUCUCUGGUGACGAUCCUUUAAUUUACAGAAGACCCGUUAGGACAAAAAUUGGAAAUUAUCAUCAGCUUAAUGAGCCAGAGUUUAUAGCUUCCUUUUACCACGGAAAAUUCGUGUAUUUUUUAUUUAAGGAAAAAGCUAUCGAAGAUAUCGAUUAUAAAAAGAAAAAAUAUUCUAGAAUAGCCAGAGUUUGUACAAAUGAUAGAGGCUAUGCGUAUUCUGGACAUGUAAAGAUGUGGACGUCAUUUCUCAAAACUCGUCUAAGUUGUUAUAUUCCUGGGCCUGUUCCAUUUUAUUUCAAUGAAAUUUUUGCUGCCACAGACGUUCUAGAAAGAACUAUUAGAGGAAGAAAUGAACUCGUUAUAUAUGUUGCAUUUAAAACUCCCGAUGAUUUUUACGGAUCUGCUGUGUGUCUCUUUCGUCUAAGAGAGAUAGAAAAAGCAUUCGAAGGCGACUUUAAAUUCCAAAAAGAUAAACUUUCAAAUUGGGUUCCCUUUCCAGCUCAGGAAGUACCGACUCAAAGACCUGGAUCCUGCGUUAAGAACUCUGAACUGUCUACGGAAGCACUUCAAUUUGCUUAUCAACAUUAUUUUAUGAAUGAAAACGUGGAGUCUUUCCUGGAAGAGCCUGUUUUAACAUAUACUUCAGAUUGUCACGUCACUUCGUUUGCUGUUGAUACUGUAAAAACAGUAAAUGAGGGUAAAUACGAUGUUCUUUUUCUUGGGACGAGUUGUGGUAAAGUCAUAAAAACAAUCUACAACCCUAGUAAUAGAAUUGAAAGAAUUAUUGUAGAGGAAAUCAACAUUGCCCAUGUGAAUGCCUCAAUCACUAACCUUCAUAUUCAUAAUAAUACAUUGAUGUUGCUUACUCAACACGAUAUUUAUACUGUUCCUACUCAAAGAUGCGAAAAAAAUCCCAAAACAUGCAGCCAUUGCGUUGGACUGCAAGAUCCUUACUGUGCCUGGGAUAAAACAAAAAUGAUUUGUACUACUGUAAACGAAGAAAGAAAUCGAAACUUAAUUCAAAACAUUAAAAGUGGAUACGAUUUCGAAUGCUGUUCAUAUGACUCUGCAAAAGAAUUAUGCAGUACCAGUAUGUUUGACAGAAACAACUUAGCAAUAGCAAUUUCCAUUAUUUAUCUUAUGACCACUGUUUUUAUUCUUUUCGGGGUCUGUUUCUUUGUAAAUAAAACUAAUUUGAAAAAAUGUUUUAAUUUUCUAUAUAGAAGAAAAAUCAAAAUGAUAAAAUCAAGGUAUUGAACUGUCUCCUAAUUUUAGUUUUUAUUUUCAGCGCUUUUGCACUUGUAAUGCCAAUAUUUAUGUACUGUCAUUUUUAUGCUUAUAAUUUUAAAAUAAAAAAUACGUUGAAGA